UGUGAUUGGUCAGACCUGAAGAAGCAGCGCUCUGAUUGGUGGAGGCGUUCACCAAAACACGGGUCCAGGAAACACGCUUCCGAAGGAAAGGACGUUGUAAUGAAAUGGUUCAGAACAUUUCAUAUUCGUUCGUAGAUAUUUUCAUCUAAGUCCAAACACGUUUUAUUAGAAAGUAGAGGUAGAUCUAAAGGGAUUUUAAACGUCGGUUUAUCGUAAUUUAGCUGGAAUCUGACAGAAAGCAUUGCUGUGCAUCUGAACAUUAGUUAUUUUUAUCUAGGUUUCUGGCUCUAGGAAGAGUUUAAAGAUGAGCUCUGUUGGACGUGUAGUGCAUAAAAGGCUACUGCUUCCCCUCAGUAAGUCUUUAUGCGGGCAUGCAGUCGUUUGUAGGCAGAGCAGGUCGAUCAGCUCCUCCAGCAGAUGCAUGUCCAUCAUGCCUGCGUGGGUUAUUGACAGAUAUGGAAGCAAUGACGUGUUACGAUACACUAAAAACGCAAGUUUCCCCGUCAUAAACUACCCCAAUGAGGUCAUUGUGAAGGCGUUUGCAGCUGGACUGAAUCCAAUCGAUGUCAGCAUGAGAGGUGGCUAUGGCGCCAACACGCUGUCUAUGAAGAGGGACCCUCUGAACAUCAAGCUGUCGGGCAGCGAGUUUCCUCUAAUUCUGGGAAGAGACGUGUCGGGAGUCAUCAUGGAGUGUGGCCCGGAUGUCAAGUACUUCAAAGAGGGAGAUGAGGUGUGGGCUGCGAUCCCGCCCUGGAAACAGGGCAGCUUGGCAGAGUUUGUGGUGCUAAGUGGCAACGAGAUUUCCCUCAAACCAAAGUCACUGAGUCACGUAGAGGCAGCUGCCAUUCCUUAUGUAGCAACCACUUCCUGGUCGGCGCUGGUUAACACCGGAGGACUUAACAAAGACAACUGUGCCAGUAAAAGGAUUCUGAUCCUUGGAGGAUCCGGGGGGGUCGGGACAUUUGCAACACAGAUGCUGAAGGCGUGGGGCGCUCACGUAACUGUUACCUGCUCCCACAACGCCGAGCGGUUUGUAGGAGAACUCGGGGUGGACCAUGUGGUGGACUACACCGCUGGACCAGUUGAGGAGGCUCUCAGCGCUCUGGAGAAGUUUGACCUGGUCCUGGAUAACGUUGGUGGGGACACAGAGAGGUGGGCGCUCGGGCUGCUUAAACCUUGGAGUGGAGCCAAAUAUGUCACCCUUGUAACGCCUUUUCUGCAGAACACCGACCGGCUGGGUAUAGCUGACGGCAUGAUGCAAACGGCUGCUACAGUCGCCACCAAAACCAUCAAGCAUCUGGUGAAAGGAGUUCACUACCGCUGGGGGUUCUUCGCACCGAGCGGUCCUGCCCUUGAUGAGAUAACGGACAUGGUGGAUGCUGGACAGAUCCGAGCCGUAGUGGAGGAGGUGUUCAGCUUUUCUCAGGUCUCUCAGGCCUUUGAAAAGGUGGAGAAAGGUCACGCUCGAGGGAAGACGGUCAUAGAAAUCAGCAAAGGAGGCGAUUAAUCUGUUCCACACUUAGUACAAAUGGCUGACUGGUUACUAUAAAGACUUUUAUCACGGUGGUUCUGCAAAAUACUCCAGAUGACCUUUUUCAUCCAUGUUUGUUCAUUGUUAAUCAAUAAAAAGGGAUUAAAAAGAUUUAGCAGA